GUCAAAACAGAGCCUUUGAACAGCAGUGAAACCACAGCCACAACUGGAGAUGGAGCGCUUGACACUUUUACUGGGUCAGUAAUAACAAGUAGUGGCUACAGCCCCAGAUCAGCACAUCAGUAUUCCCCGCAACUAUAUCCUUCCAAUAAUGCUAUUUUUCUGAUAUUUAGGCCCUAUCCACACAUUCUUUCUACACCAGCAGCUCAAACUAUGUCCGCCUAUGCAGGCCAGACUCAGUAUUCGGGGAUGCAGCAGCCAGCCGUCUACACGGCCUACUCGCAGACAGGACAGCCCUACAGCCUGCCAACUUAUGGUAUUUCAUGGCCAGGUAUCAAGACAGAGAGUGGACUUUCACAAACCCAGUCUCCAUUACAGAGUGGGUGCCUCAGUUACAACCCAGGGUUUUCCACCCCACAGCCAGGCCAGACACCUUAUUCUUACCAAAUGCCAGGUUCUAGUUUUGCACCAUCUUCUACUAUUUAUGCAAAUAAUUCAGUUUCCAAUUCAACAAAUUUCAGUGGUUCACAGCAGGAUUAUCCAUCUUACACAGCCUUUGGCCAAAACCAGUAUGCACAGUAUUACUCAGCAUCAACGUAUGGAGCAUAUAUGACAUCAAAUAACACGGCUGAUGCCACAUCAUCAUCAACCUCAACCUAUCAGUUGCAGGAAUCUCUCCCGGGACUAACUAGCCCACCAGGUACAGACCUUCAUCCAGAGUUUGAUACAGUGCAGAGCCCCUCCACACCCAUCAAAGACCUUGAUGAGAGGACGUGUAGGAGUUCUGGGUCAAAGUCUAGGGGAAGAGGCCGGAAAAAUAACCCCUCCCCGCCUCCCGACAGUGACCUGGAGCGUGUGUUUGUCUGGGAUUUGGAUGAAACAAUCAUUGUUUUUCACUCACUGCUCACGGGGUCUUAUGCACAGAAGUAUGGCAAGGAUCCCCCCAUGGCUGUAACCCUUGGACUCCGAAUGGAGGAAAUGAUUUUUAAUCUUGCUGAUACACAUUUAUUUUUUAAUGACUUAGAGGAGUGUGAUCAAGUUCAUAUAGAUGAUGUUUCCUCCGAUGAUAAUGGCCAGGACUUGAGUACCUACAGUUUUGCAACUGAUGGCUUCCAUGCAGCUGCAAGUAGUGCAAACCUUUGUUUGCCAACAGGUGUAAGAGGAGGGGUUGACUGGAUGAGGAAGUUGGCUUUUCGUUACAGAAGAGUAAAAGAAUUAUAUAACACCUACAAGAACAAUGUUGGAGGACUCCUUGGCCCUGCCAAGAGAGAUGCAUGGCUGCAGUUAAGGGCAGAGAUUGAAGGGCUGACAGACUCCUGGCUAACAAAUGCACUUAAGUCUUUAUCUAUUAUUAGUACGAGGAGUAACUGCGUGAAUGUCUUGGUAACGACAACCCAACUGAUCCCAGCACUUGCAAAGGUUCUACUCUAUAGUCUAGGAGGUGCUUUCCCCAUUGAGAAUAUUUACAGUGCAACCAAAAUAGGAAAAGAAAGUUGCUUUGAACGAAUAAUGCAAAGGUUUGGCAGAAAAGUAGUAUAUGUUGUAAUUGGGGAUGGUGUAGAAGAAGAACAGGCAGCAAAAAAGCACAACAUGCCCUUUUGGAGGAUAUCAAGUCAUUCAGACCUCUUGGCUCUACAUCAAGCACUGGAAUUAGAAUAUUUGUAA